UCUCCUUGUGCUGUGUCAGUCUCGAGCUUCGCGCCGCCUCGAAUGGACUCGAUGACCGAGUCUACUCGAUUUUUAAUUUCGAUAUUCGCCAGUGUAAAAGUGUAGUGUAGUGCCAAUUUCAAAACAAAAAAAAAUAUCGCCAUUUCAAUUUAAAUUUCCCGCCAAAAAAAAAAAAUUUAUUUCCAAAGUAUUUUGCAAAAACAAAUAAUUUCCCUCUCAAAAAUUAAUUCCCAUUUUUGCUGAAAAUUUUGCAAAACAGAAAGAAAAAUUAUUUCUGUUAUUUGGUUUUUUUUAAUAAUUUUUUUCACAAAAAAUUUUACAAUAUUUUUUGGGGAAAAAUCAAAGAAAAAAAAAUUGCGAAUUUUGAUAAAAAUUCAUUCAAGAUUGAGAAAUUUAAAAAACCACAAAUUUACAGCAUAGAAAAUGAUUGGAUUCUUCAAAAAGGGACUUUGAUGUACCGAGAAGAAGUUCAAGGUCGCGCAAUGUUUCGCGACUUCCGACACAGUACUGGCGACGGAAAUCGCAUGCAAAAAUUAAAAACCAUCAUCGAUGAGAGACGAGGAGAUUUUUCUCAAUAACCAAGGAAAAAAAUUUAAAUAACGGAUUUUCUAAAGACAAAAAAUAAGGGGAAUUCCCGAAAAAUCAUGUGAUUAGAAAACAAAGAGAGUGAGAAAGAGAGAGAGAGAGAGAAUCAAAAUUUCAAAAUCCAAAAAGAAAAUUCCCCCCCAAAAAAAACAAGUAAACAAAAAGGAGGGAAGAUUAUCUCGAUUCACAGAAUCAUUCUCGGAGUAUGUAAUUUCAUAUAUAAUAGAGUUACGUGUAUGAGGGUGCAAGAGGAAAAAAAAAAGAAAAGUGCAGAAUCUACUUUAAUAAAGCGCGAAAAUAACGCCAUCCCUUCGAUUCGAGUUGAAAUGUAAUCAGAAAUUGCUUAUAAGAUAGAAAAUCAUAGUUAUUGAGAAGUCCGUCGAAAGGUUGAAUCCAUAAACUCCCAUCGACCACGUGGAGUUGCAGAUGCGUGACGAGUACUUGCAGUUUUCAUAUAUAUAUAUAUAUAUUUAUCUAUUGUGUGUCUUCCUUAUUUUUUAAAUAGUGCAAUUUUUUCCCCCCAAAUCUUGUUGACAGUGUUCUUCUUCCCAUGGAGUGGAUAAAUUUAAAUUUUGUGUUUUCCAACGGAAAAAAUAGUCGAAAAUCCACAGCCAUGGACUGGCGGGGGGCCACGCUGACGAUUCUCUUGAUCACAAUGGCGAGGCACAGCACUACACAAGCAGCACAAAUACCUUCGCUACCUCCGACGUCGACAGUGGCGAUAGCAAACACAGUGCAAAUCGAAUGUGCGAGCGAGUCGAUAAUCGUCCACAUAUCAACGGAGGGUAAUACUGAAUUUCAUGGUCUGGUUUACCCCAGGGGAUUGUCUAAAAAUAGCUCCUGUCUUCAGGAGUACAGAAAUCAACCAGUCCCCAUUACCUAUAACUUGCCUCUCAGGUCCUGCAACACCAUGCCCACCGAACUGGACGACGGUGGAAUCGAAUAUUUUAAUACAAUAGUGGUGCAACCGCACCUAAAACUUGUCACGAAUCAGGGCAGAGGUUUCCACGUGAGAUGUCGCUAUCAGACUCGAGACAAAGUCAUAACGAACGACCAAGCACAAACCGCCAUGCUACAAUCUUUGCCUCAGCAGUCCAUGACGCCAAUGCCGGGCUGUACGAUGAAGAUUUUUAGCGGUGAUCCAACGCGACAUCGAGUCGCGGAGAAUGUGAAAAUUGGUGACCCUUUAACACUAGUGAUAAGCAUCGAUAAACAGGAUCUAUUUGGUCUCAAAAUUUCCGACUGUAUAGUUCGAGAUGGUCUUGGAUGGGGCGAACAACGUCUCAUCAAUGACCGAGGAUGUCCUGUUGAUGGUGAAAUUAUGGGUCAAUUUACAUAUAGUGAAGACAAGACGGAGGCCAAAGUCAAUUUUCAAGCUCACAAAUUUCCUUACACGGCGAGCGUUUAUUAUCAAUGUAACGUUCGUCUUUGUGUUAAAGAUGGCGGCGGUUGCUCACAUACGCCGCCAUUGUGCAAUGAAGUAAGGAGAAGACGCAGGGACUCGAGUGGAGAAGAAAAGAAGGUAGCCGAGGGCUUGGAUGGUGGCACGCCAGCCACGAUAGAAGUUUACAGUGGACUUUACGUGAACGAGGCAUCUGAUCUUGCCUCCAGAUCAGAUUUUGCCGAUGUCUUCAGAGAAAGGGCGUUCGAUGAUCCGAACAGUAUCUGCAUUUCGCCGAAGACAUUCACGAUCGCGGUGAUAAUAGCGAGUCUAAUUUUGAUGUUGUCCGUGGCGGCAGCGAUUUUCCUCGUCUUGGCAAAGAGGCGGCACAAGAGUGUCUCAACCACUGGCUCAUCCAUAUACAGCGGCCCCUACACGAACACCGCCUACAGCCACAGCAGUUAAAUCCACAUCCACAAUAGGAUUCGCAUUAUUUAUAUUUACUACAUAUAUAUAUACAUAAACGAUCCUAAAAUAAUUAUUAUACUAUAAUAAUCUCAAAUAAUUAUUAUAAUUUUAAUAAUAAUCAUUCAACUCGAAUCCUCAAACUUCAAAGUUGUGUUUUCAAUUUUUUUUUCAUUAUUUUCUCAAAAAAAAUUAAAAUUUUUUUUCGACUAAUAUUGAAAAAAAAAAUCGAAUCACUGCUUAAAGUGAGGGGCAUUUCGAUACUCGCUCAAAAGUGACCUAAGGAUUUAGAGAAAGUUUUAGUGCGCAAACGCAGAUGUUUAAAAAAAAUUUUCCUUUUUUUUUCUUGACAAAACUCGACUGUUUAUGUAAAAUCAAUAUUUGCCAAACGUAAUAUGUAUAUUGCACUUUCCCACUAAAACUUUUCCUUUUGUCGAGACCACUAUUUGCUUGAGUGAAUGGAUACCCGAUAAAUCGAGACUUUCAAAUAUAUUCUCAAAAUUUAUAAUUAUUAAUUUUCGAAGAAUUAUAUUUUUUGCAAAAAAAAAAAUGUUUUUUGCAAAAAUUAAAUAAUUUUAAAUUUUUUCAAAAACUUUUUUUUUGAAUAAAAGUCUAGUUUUGUCGGGUGCAUAUGGAGUGAUGGGAGUUUCAACUCGGAUCCUGCGACGUAAGUUCAGGACGCCGAGAUUUCUUUGCUCAACUGCCAGUUUUAUUACUGCCCGACACUCUGUAAGAUUGUAUGUAACUCAAAAUUGCCAUUUUUCCAAAUGAACGUAUUAUAUAUUUCGAAUUUCGAAAUAUUAAAUAAUUUUUUUUUAUAUUCAUUAAUAUUUAUUAAUUCAAUUUUUUUUUUCAUUUUAUUUGGUUUUAUUUUUCAUAUUAUAAUUUUGUUUGUUUUAUUUUUAGAAUAUUUAAUAAUUGUUUAAUAAUGUUUAAUAAUUUAUUAAUAAUUGUUUUUGAUCCGCUGGAAUCAUUUUUAAAAUAUAGUAGUUUAAUUGACUAUUUUUAAAUUGAAAAUUUAAUGAAUUUCUCACAUAUUUUAUAUUUUAUACUAAAGAAUGUUUUAUAUUUAACUAAUUCAGUUGUAAUAUUUUUUAAAAAAUAUUUAUAAUUAACCCUAGACAGUACAACAUAGCUGGUUUAUACGUAAAAGUACAACUGGGGUAGAAAAUUACCCCAAAAUUUUUUUUGUUGCUAGAAUGUUCAUAUUUAACGCAAAAUAAUUUUAUUAUGUCAUUUUUUUCCUUAUUUUUAUAAGAAAGAUAGCGUUUUUUUUGAUACAAUCAAAAAUAUGAUCAAAAAAUUACAAAAAGCAAAAAAAUAACAAAAUUUGCACAAAAAAUGUCAUUCUAAGGUAAGAAUGGCACCAUAACAGUCAGGCUUACAGAGCCAGGGCCGUAGUUUGAAAUUUCUCUGGGGUACUUUUGUACCCCCAGUACUGUGUAGGGUUAAAAUUUCAAAAAUUGUUUCUUAAAACAAUUUUUUUUUAUUUUUGAAAGAAUAAUUAAAAAUUAUUAUUAAAAUCACUUAUAAAAUAAAUAAAAAUCUAAUAGAAGUUUUAUUAUGACAAUUAUACAUAUUUCAAUGAAAUAAUUUAUUUUCAUCUAAAAUAAAUUUUAUCCAUGGCAAUUUUGAGAGUCAUCGUAUACAACGAAUCUGCAAAAUUUAUAUUUAGCGAUCCUUAGUCUUUUUUAAUUGCCCCCCCCCUUUUUACAUCGAUUUCGCUUCUAGUAAAAAAAACUUAAUUCCUAAUAUUUAUGACAUAUACUGAACACUAGUCCGGUAUACGCUCUUAUUAACUUUAAUUUCUAUGAAAUCGACCACAAUUUUGCAAAACCAAAUUUAUUUAUUUGAAUUUUUGUUUUGGGCACAAUUUUCUUUAAAAAAAGAAAAUUUUCAUUGUACAGAAAAUAUAUUAUUAUAAUUAUAAAUUGUAAAUUUAUAAUUAUAAAUCUAAUUUAUAGAGAAUUCAAAGGGAAAAAAAUGUGAAUUGUACCAAAAUUUUGUAUAUUUUUAAUAAAUCAAAAAUUUAGUUUUUAUGUAUAGAAACAAAAAAUUAGUCUGGAAAAAUUUAAGAAAUUUUUGAAUUUUUAUUUGAUGUCUAUGAGAAGAUAAAAAAAAGAAAACAUUGUGAGUUGGUAAAAUUUUGAAAAAAAACAACCGUUUUGAAAAUUGUGGACGCUUUUUCUUGACAAUCGUCUCGUCUUAACUGAAUUAACUUCGACGAAUCUCACUCUUAGUUAUAUAAGAUUUUAAGUCAUCAGCCUCUACGCGAUUACUAAAUCAAAUGUUAGAACGAUAAGUGCCUCUGUGUUUAGCUUAUCAACAUAUUAAUUCAUAAUUUUUAAAAUAUUUUUCCAGUUGCUGUCUCUCAAUUGUCGAUAAUUGAUUUUUAUUUUAUUUUUCAAAAAAUUCUAAAUAAAAAUUGAUUAUCCUGUUUAUGUAUGCGCAAAAGUGCGAUCAGGCAAAUCAAACAAAAUUUUAGUUGAUCUGUUUGUCAUCGAGAGAAUGUGAAAUAUAUUUGUACAAGGAAAAAAUUGUAAAUUCUUGAUAUAUACGAAAAUGUUUAAUUUCUCGUUUAUUAAAAUUUUUUUGAGUGAAAGAAUACGUAUGUUUGAAAGAGAAAAAUAGAAACGGAGAGAGAGUAGAAUAAAUGAAAGAUUAAAAAAAGCAUGAAGUCGACUGUAACCGAAAAUAACUUAUUAAGCGCCGAUACGCUAAGAUUUAAAGGAGUUGACAGAGAAAGACUCAUGUAGAUUUAAAAAAAUAUAUAUAUAUAUAGUUUUGACGGUGUCCCGAUUUUAGUGCAAUAUUUCUAUCGGUGAUUCCGCUUGAGUCCAAAGCUUCGAACUCGAUUUCGAAAAUUGUUUAUUAAAUAAAUAAUUUUAUCGAGAAUUGAAGCCUGAUGAUUUUGGUUUAAAAUGACAUUGUGCCUUUAUGUAUAGAUUUUUUUUUAAAGAAACAUCUCAAAGAGAAUUUUUCAACGCUCAUAAUGUCCCUCUGAACCAUUGUCAUUACACAACGAAUUUCUGUAUAUAAUUAACGAAAACUUAAUAAAUCAAUAUUAUAACCAUACAA